AUGGGCAACCGUCUUUUGUUGGGGCACAUUCUGGAAUUUGCAGUAGUUGCUUCUCUUCUUCAGAAAUGUGCAGUACUCAAUCAUCUGCUGGAGACUGAGCAGGUAGGAGGAAGCGUUAUGGAUAGUAUCUUUGGAGGUGGCAGGCAUUCCACUGUCGCGAAAUCUCCUUCCCUUCCAUGGUGUCAAUUGUAUAGCUUGCUCUGCCCCCGGACCGGCUGA